AUGGAUUUCUACCCCCGGCUGUCGAUCCUCGAGCGCAGGAAGAACUUGACGGCCUCCAAGGCAUUCGACCAGCUCAUCGACUACCUCGAGAAAUCACCCGCCGACCUGGACCCUGCCUUCAGAAGAUCGUCCAUCAGGAUCAUCAUCUUGGAUCUCGCCGCCCAUCUCUCUGGGAGGACGGACUGGUCGACUGAGACUACCUUGCGCGCACUCGUGACUUUGAAACUGCUUGGUCGUUCCUCAAUCGCCACCGAUGACCUGGUCUCCCAUCUACCACUCUUCACGCGUUAUGCCAACCUACUCCCACCACUCUCUCCCCAAUCUGACGAUCCGAAAUCAACGACGAUCCGCUCUGCCUUCUGCCCGUCGAUCGUUCAGGAGUCGCUGCGCAUCCUGGCAAACGCCCUCUUCUUACACCCGCUCUCCAGGUCGUCCGUGGAUCUCCUACCCGCCUUGAGCUCCCUGGUCGAACUCGCCGCCGGUCCAUCCGAUAGACCUCCUCAUCCGGACCCCCAACCUACUGCCGAUCAUCCCGAUCACCAUCUCAACUCAUUCCUUGCCUCCAGGGCCAUCUUCCUCAUCACCGCCGUGCCCUCCAACCUGGUGAUCGAGUUGAUUGAGAAGACAGACUUGGUCGGCUGCUUUGAACGGUCCUUCAAGCACGAAGUCCUCCAGAAGAAGAGCAAGCCACAUCCACUUUCCAUUCCAUCCAUCCCUCAGGACGUGCUCAUCGAACAUCUCAAGAUCAUCUUCAACCUCAUGGUUCAUUACUCUAAAGCUGUCCUACAGUUUGGCCAGCCUAGCUCGCCCAUAACCGGACAAACUCCAUUCGGGACCUCUUCAGAUUCCAAUGGUUCCCACGAUCUACCGGCCUCUCCUAGUCGUCGGGCGAGUCUGAAAGCGCGCCUUAUGAAUCAAAUCAACAUGAAAAAGAUCACCCGCCGAGCACGCUCUGGAACAUCGAGUAUCAAAGAACAGGAAGCCCUCAAUGAGAUAUCCACAUACCACGAUGACCAUCGUCCCAUUCAUAUCAAGAACGCCCAUUCGCCUCAUCGUCGCUCUCACUCAAAAGCUAGCAGUCGGGUACCAAGCGUAGAUCAGGACUUGGAAGCUCUGGAUAGUGUCACCGACCCACACAACCAUAUCUUUGCUGGUCUUCUUCCUCAUCUCGUUCAGUUAUUUCUGCUAGAACCAGUUCCCAGUCCACCCAACCUGAAGCCCCCGUUGACUUCCUUCAUGCACACCUUCCUCAACUUCUCCCCCUCGACGUCGAGCUUCUUCAUCCAUGAAUACACCCUAUCAGACGAGUCGAAUCGGGAGAUGGACAUCCCACCGGUGAUCGCUAAACUGAUCAGCAUCAUCGAUCAGGUCACUCACUACUACUGCCCUGGAGAUCCUGACGACCGAUCGGUGAAAGAAAAGUGCCACGCAGACUCUAUGGAUCUCGACGUCGAUCUCACUCAGGUCAUCCUCUUGACCGCCAACCUCAUCUCUCCUCAUCCCUCCGGGCCCACUGGACUCAACAAACAGAGCCGGGAAGCACUGAUCGAGAAGAUCGUCCCAAGUGCGAUCGAUCGUGGGGUUGGUUUAAAUAAACAGGAUAAUUUGAUUGGUCGGAUCUUGAGAUUGAUGAACUCGAUCAGAUUCGAAGCCCUCAAGCAUACAUGUGGAGCCUUCUUGAAUGCACUAUAUGCAGAGGACACCGAUCGGCUUUCGAGUCACGUUGGAUAUGGACCCCUUGCGGGCUACUUCCUUUCGAUCGGCAAGGCGGGGAUAAAUCCGGAUAGCAAGCAUUCACCUGCGGCGGAAGUGAAUCCGAUCACGGGAACGUACUGGCCGAGUGGGGAAUCGAGUGACCGGGCCGAGCCGGCGAUGAGCGAUUUGGAGAAGGAGCAGGAGGCUGAACGGAUGUGUUCUCUAUUUGACCGGAUGAAUCGGGGCGGGGUGAUCACCGCGCCCGACCCAAGGAAGUUGGCCGUCGAAUCGGGGAGGUUCCAGGAGAUCGAACAGUCCGUUGAUGCCAAAGAAGACCAAAAAGAGAGACUAGAGGAAAUCAAAGCGCUCAAAGACUUUCAACUAUACAAAGAUAAGAAAAAGAAUAAGAAGAGUGUUGAUCAAUAG